AGACGCUCCAUCAUCCAAACAAGUCCUUAUUAUUUCUCUGCAAAACCUUCAUUUCGAAGCUGCUUCUGUUGUUGUUCUUCUUCUUCUUCGUCUUCUCUUCUCUUCCUUCGCACACUCUCCCUGUUCUCUUUCUUCUCUUCACGAUAUCGCGAGAUUUUCAAAACCCAUCUCCAUUUUCGUGUUUGGAUCAAACCCUUUUGAUCUCUCCGCGAGUCUUCGCACAUUGUCGUUGCUCUGAAUCUCCUACCGUUUUGACGAGUAUCGACGACCCAACACACCGCAUCGCGUAAUAAACCGCUUUUCCGAAUGGGGUCGGUGCCGUCAACGCCGAGAAACCGUGGCGCAUUCUCGCCGGAGACGGCGGAGUAUCUUAUCGGGACUUUUGUCGGUGACGAGUCGUUUCCGGUUUCGUCUGAGUUUUGGCAGAAAUUGCUGGAGCUUCCUCUCAAUGUUCAAUGGCCUACUGAUCGUGUUCAGCAAGCUUGCGAGCUAUUGGCCAAAAACAAUCUGCACACCAAGCAUCUUGCAAAGAUUUUGUUCCAUCUAGCAUGCUGCUUGCAAGAGUCGAUGUCUACCUCCGGUGGGCUACCCUUGGAUUAUGAAAAGGCUGCUAAUGCAGUUUACAUUAGUUCAGUAUUUUUAAAGCACUUGAUUGAAAAUGAUGUCCAGUUAUGCCUGUCUCUUGAUUUAGAUGAGGCUUUACCGAAGGAUGUUUUGGCAGAUCAAACUAUUGAAAAUCUCGUUAUGCGGAAUGUGCUGAACUUUAUAGCAUCAGUAGAAGUGAGUUCCCACACAUGUCUCCUACAUUUAGAGCUGCUUAAUUUCAUGAUUAUUGCAAUGUCAACUCAACUUCUCUGUGGGCCAUCUCCUGGACCCAAUGACGUGAACCCAUUUCUCGAUGCAGCAAUGGCUCAGGACAGCUCUCUGGUUAAUUCAGUUGUUCGGAAGUUAUUUCUAAAUUUUACUGCCCGCCCUAGUGUUUCAUUCAACAGGGCAACUUAUUCCGUCUUUUAUGACGGAAGUCAGAGUAGUGUGCUACAGAGAGUUGGUUCUGCAGCUGCAAAUAUUGUUUUAUUGCCAUUCAGUUAUUUGGUCAGUUCAAGCGGUGAAGGGUCAAGAAGUGCUAUAGCGGAGAGCAGUCUUUACGUGCUUCUUGUUCUGAUUCAUUAUCAUAAAUAUGCUAUUAGUGAGGAUUACUCUGCCAUUGAGGAUAAAAAGUCUUCCACAUCAGAUUCUUUACUCAAAGAAAAUCUUUAUUUUACUGACAACCCCUACUGCAAGGCCUUGGAGCAUGCAAUUGAUUGUGAAUUGGAUCGGGUAGAUGUUGAGGGCAAUGCACACAGUGGUCGACACAUAAAGUUGCCUUUUGCUUCAUUGUUUGAUACACUUGGCAUAUGCUUACCUGAUGAGGCAGCUGUCCUACUGCUUUAUUCUUUGUUACAAGGAAAUGCGGCCUUUCUUGAGUAUGUCUUGGUGCGGACUGAUAUAGAUACAUUGUUAAUGCCGAUUUUGGAAGCUCUAUACAAUGCUCAAAGAAGAACAGCUAAUCAAAUUUACAUGUUGCUGAUUAUACUUCUUAUACUCAGUCAAGAUUCUUCUUUCAAUGCGAGCACUCAUAAGCUGAUAUUGACUGGUGUUCCGUGGUACAAAGAACGUCUUCUCCAUCAGACUUCUCUUGGUUCCCUCAUGGUCAUAAUUCUUAUCAGAACUGUGCAGUAUAAUUUGUCUAAACUACGGGAUGUCUAUCUCCACACAACAUGUCUGGCAACAUUGGCUAACAUGGCACCUCAUGCCCAUCGUUUGAGCGCAUAUGCAUCUCAGAGACUAGUCAGCCUUUUUGAUAUGCUUUCACGCAAGUAUAGCAAAUUAACAGAUCGCCGAGAUAAUAAGCUCCAUAGUGCAAAAGGAAACUCAAUUGAAGGAAACAACCUUGUAGAUGAUGUGUCAACUGAGUUACACAUUUAUACUGACUUCUUAAGACUUGUACUGGAAAUAAUAAAUGCAAUCCUGACUUAUGCGCUGCCUCGGAAUCCUGAGGUUGUAUAUGCAGUAAUGCACAGGCAGGAAGUCUUUCUGCCAUACAAGAAUCAUCCACGCUUCAAUGAACUGCUUGAAAACAUUUAUACUGUGUUAGACUUUUUCAAUAGUCGUAUGGAUGCCCAUCGAGUAGAUGGUGACUGGUCAGUUAAUGAAGUGCUCCAAGUGAUAAUUAUCAAUUGUCGUUCGUGGAGGGGUGAUGGAAUGAAGAUGUUUACUCAACUGCGCUUCACAUAUGAACAAGAGAGUCAUCCAGAGGAGUUUUUCAUCCCAUAUGUCUGGCAACUAGUAUUAUCUCGUUGUGGAUUCACAUUCAACCCAGGGGCGAUAAACUUGUUUCCAGUUGAUCUACAUCCAGAUAGACUUGAAAAUGGGGUGGUGGAAAGCACACUUGAAAAUGGUGGUUUUGACAGGCCUGAGUAUCAGCUUGAUCCAUAGCUGAGGACAGGACAGCCGUGGCUGCUGGAAAUACUAGUUAUGUUGGUGAAUAUUUGUACAUAUGAAAUAGCGCACUGGGAAAAAAAAAGUUGUGUAUUGUUCUCAUUCUUUCUGUUCAUAUAUUGAGUGUAGAGAUCCAUCCCUCUAUAUGAAAAUGAGAUAUCCAUGUAAUGAAUAAGCUCUUACCCUAGUAUUUAGUAUCCAUGCAAUAUCGCGGCUUCUAUUUUUGUUA